AGAGGCCAAGGAGGAGAACAUGAUGAUGGACCUUUUCGAAACUGGCUCCUACUUCUUCUACUUAGAUGGAGAAAAUGUCACUCUGCAGCCAUUAGAAGUGGCAGAGGGCUCUCCUUUGUAUCCAGGGAGUGAUGGCACCCUGUCCCCUUGCCAGGACCAAAUGCCCCAGGAAGCCGGGAGCGACAGCAGUGGAGAGGAACAUGUUCUGGCUCCCCCCGGCCUACAGCCUCCCCACUGCCCAGGCCAGUGUCUGAUUUGGGCUUGCAAGACUUGCAAGAGAAAAUCUGCCCCCACAGAUCGACGGAAAGCAGCGACCCUGCGCGAAAGGAGGAGGCUAAAGAAAAUCAAUGAGGCCUUUGAAGCACUGAAGCGUCGGACUGUGGCCAACCCCAACCAGAGGCUGCCCAAAGUGGAGAUUCUGCGGAGCGCCAUCAGCUACAUCGAGCGUCUCCAGGACCUGUUGCACCGGCUGGAUCAACAAGAGAAAAUGCAGGAGCUCGGGGUGGAACCCUACAGCUACAGACCCAAGCAAGAAAUUCUUGAGGGUACAGAUUUCCUGCGCACCUGCAGCCCCCAGUGGCCAAGUGUUUCAGAUCAUUCCAGGGGGCUCGUGAUAACUGCUAAGGAAGGGGGAGCCAGCGUGGAUGCGUCAGCGUCCAGCAGCCUUCAGUGCCUUUCCUCCAUCGUGGACAGUAUUUCCUCCGAGGAACGCAAAGUCCCCAGCGUGGAGGAGGUGGAGAAGUAACUCAGCCAGCAUUCACUCAGCAGGAAGACCCCUUUUCCCCUAACCAUUUAGGUUAGGGCUCACAGACCCCAGAGUGUAUGAAAGGCAAGAGACACAUUCAAAAGGAACGCUCUGGCCACCUCAAGUGAAAGAAAGUCCUUCACUUUGGGGAUUUCACUAUGAUUGCUAUUAUUAUUAUAUUGAAACCGCUAGUGGCUUAGCUCUAGAAUCCUAAUUUUGUUUUUAGUCAGGUUGGUUUUUGUAACGUAUUAACUUUUAUUACGAUCAUGUGACCCUUUCGUGUCAAUUGCAAACGAAGUUCAUUCCUGUCUAAAUCAAAGUGGGAACGUUUAAUCCUAAUGGUAUUUAAUGUACUUUUGUAAAAGUAGUCUUAGUAUUUUCGUUUUUAUGCAAACCUAAAGAACAUAUUUUGAAUGUGGAAUCAAGCAUUGUAUAUAAAAUGUGUGAAGAUCCUGAUAUUGUAAUAUUAAAAUAUUAAUAAGUUUCUACAUGUACAAA